AUCACGCCCUUUCCGGUUAACAAAUUAUUAUCAUUCCAUGGACUAUGGCAAGUAAUUGGUCAGUCUGUGGUAUCUGUGAUUUUCGACAUGUCACUAAACCAUCAGUAGUGUGGUGUUCCGAAUGCGACGAAGGUCUUUGUGAUGACUGUAACGAACACCACAGCAUUUCAAAAUCAUCACGUGAUCAUGACAUCGUACCCAUUGAUGAUUACCAAAACUUACCAACCGCGGUUCUUCAAAUUGCACAGUCUUGCAGAAAACAUAACAAAAAGUACCAUAUAUUUUGUAAAAAGCAUGACUGUCCAUGCUGCAAGAAAUGUGUUGUCGAAGAACACAAUGAAUGUAAAGAUAUUGUUGAUAUAGAUGACGCUAUAAAAGAUGUAAAAUCAUCAAACGCUUUUCACGAAAUCGAGCUUAUCCUUUCCGAUAUGAAUAAGUUCAUUCAAAGAGUCAAGAAAGAUGGCGAAGAAAAUUUACUUUCACUAGCGGACAAGAAAGAACAAUUUGAAAAGAAAAUACUACAGGCUAGGGAAGCAAUUAACAGUCAUAUAGACACACUUCAGAAGAAGUUAAUAGAAGAACUAAACUUAACCAUUGAUAAAGAAAAUAAAAAUAUUCAACAAUUCCUAAAAUCAGUUGAGCAAAAUGAGAAAGAAAUCAAAGAAUUUCAAUCAAGCCUCUUAAAAAUAAAGCAGCAUUCUUCUGAACUGCAGACGUUUCUUGCUUUGAAUCAAAUGGAGAAUGAUGCAGCAACAAAAGAAGAAUUCAUGCAAUCAAUUAACGAUAGCGGAAGUCUGAACCAUACUCGUUUCUUUUGUAAGAUCGAUGCAACUUUGGAGAAAUUGACAAACAAUGUUAAAACUUUUGGAGAAAUCGUAAAAGAGACAAAGCCAAGUGAUAUCCGCUUUGUAAGACAGAGGGAUAAACAAGCCCAGUUGAUGAUCCCUGUACAAGCCAAGUCCAUAGAUGACUUAACAUUAACGUUGAUUCAGUCCGUUAAUACCUAUAGUUCAGAAGUUAGAGGUUGCACAAUGCUAUCUGACGGUAGAAUGGUGUUCACUUGUUACAUGAAACAUGGAAGUUAUCUUACAGUAGUCAGACCUGACGGAACGAAAAACUUUGAAAUUAAAUCAGGUUACGCUUAUGAUGUUGUAAAUCUAGACGAUAAUACUAUAGCUGUAACCUCUGGUAUAUACUCAAAUAAUAUUUUUUUAAUAGAUGUACAAUUAAAGAACGUCAAAAAAACAAUGCAUGUUAGCUCCAGUAAUGAUGGCAUGGCACUAAAGGAUAAGGACUUGAUAUAUUGUGGAAGAGAGAAAGGGUUGAACAAACUCUGUUUCAGUGACAAUUCUGUUUGUCCAAUUAUAAUAUCAAAAUUAAGUAAAAAGUCGUACGUAACAAAAUUCAAUGAAAGCAUAAUCUAUACAGAUCCUGAAACGAACACAGUAGCAUGCACUAGUGUGCGUGGACAAAUAAACUGGAAAUUCAAGGAUGAAAGUAUUCUAAAGUGUCCACUUGGUAUAUCUGUAGACAAUGAUGGUAAUGUGUAUGUUAUAGGAGGUGAUUCUUGCAAUGUGGUAGUUAUUUCCCCUGAUAGACAACGGUAUAGACAGAUAUUAUCUGCAAAUGAAGGUCUUACAAAUCCCUCUGUUUUGCACUAUGAUCUAUUAACUAACAAGUUGUUAGUAGCAAACUUCAAUGGAAAGGCAUUUUUGUAUGAUGUUUCAUCAUAGACUUAAAACAAAACUAAAUUUUUGGUGUCUUUGGGAUCUGUUUAUUAUUUUGGGGAUACAAAUUCAAAAAAAAAUUGUUUGUUUUUUGUAAUUUUUAUCAUAAUCAACUACUAGUAUUCAAGGCAUCAUGUGCUCAUAUUUUAAAAAACAGUUCUUUAGUUAUACAAAACAAUUACUCGUCAUAACAUUUUCGCAUCUUUAAUGUAUGUGUAACGUUAUAUUGCUGACAGUCUUCAUACACUUUUAGAUGUAUUUCUCUUACGUAGCAUAUCGAGAUGCCUAUAUAGGUGUUAAAACCCUUUAAGGACUGACACUUUAAAUUCAAGAUUUAUUGUUCAUUGCACAAUAAUCAGACCUUGUGACACCAAUGUUCUAUAAAUGUAUGUUUGGGAGUACAAUGUAUUAAUAACCGAUUUAUAUGAGCAAAAGGAAAUUUCGGUUAUUUUGCAAUUAGACAGCAAUUCAACCUCAGGAGAGGUAUAUAAAAUCUAAUUUUCAUACGAAAACAUACAGUAAAAGUUGAAAACAAAAUUCAACAGGCUAGUGAAGCAAUUAACGAUCAUCUAGACUUCCUUCAGAAGAAGUUAAUAAAUGAACUAAACUUAACCAUUGAUAAGGAAAAUGAAAAUAUUCAACUAUUCCUAAAAUCAUUCGAGCAAAAUGAAAAAGAAAUCAAAGAAUUUCAAUCAAGCUAUCUGAAAACAAAGCAGCACGCUUCUGAACUGCAGACGUUUCUUACUUUGAAACAAAUGGAGCGUGACAUUGCUACAAAGGAAAAGUUCAUACAAUCGAUUAACAAAAGCGGUAGUCUCAGCCAUUCUCGUUUCUUUUGUAAGAUCGACAAAACUUUAGAGAAAUUUGCGAGCAAUGUUAAAACAUUUGGAAAAGUUGUUAAAGAGACGAGACCAAGUGAUAUUCCAUUUAUAAGGCAGAAUGAUAAACAAGCCGUGCUGAUGAUUCCUGUACUUGCAAAGUCCUUAUAUAACUUGCAAUUAACGUUGGUUCAGACCGUUAAUACGUAUAGUAAAGAAGUAAGCGGUUGUACAAUGCUUCCUGACAGUAGAAUGGUGUUUACCUGUUACCUACCAUGUAACAGUAAUGUAACAGUAGUCAAAUCUAAUGGAUCCAAAGACUUCAAACUUAUCUCGGACAGGUUUUUGAUGUUAUAUAUUUAAGCGAAAAUAUUUUAGCUGUUACCUCUUGUUAUUUCGUACCAAAUAUAAAAUUAAUAGAUAUAAAAUUUAAGAAAUUCACGAAAACAAUACAUGAUGGCGCGAGAAAUGAUGGUCUGGCACUAAAGGAUAAAGACUUGAUAUAUUUUGGCAGAGGGAAAGGGUUGAAGAAAAUCAAUUUGAGUGAUGAUUCCGUUAGUACAAUCAUAAAUUCAAAACUAAGUGAUAGUUCGUACGUAACAACAUUCAAUGACAGUAUAAAUAUUUACAGACCCAGACACGAACAUAGUGGCAUGCGCUAGUAUGCAAGGACAAGUGAAAUGGCUAUUCAAAGAUGGACGCAUAUUGAAGUAUCCACUUGGUUUGUCUGUGGACAACUUUGGUAAUGUGUAUGUGAUAGGGACUGAUUCUUGCAAUGUUGUAGUUAUCUCCCCUGAUAGACAAUGACAUAGACAAGUCUUGUCUACAAAGGAAGGUCUAAAGAGACCCUCUGUAUUGCAUUAUUACUUGGUGACUAACAAGUUGUUAGAUGCAAACAUGAAGAACGAUAACGCACUGUUGUUUGAUGUGACAUCAUAAACUAAAAACAAUACUAAAUGUGUCAGUGUCUUUGGAAGCUGCUUUGCACUUAUUUAGAGUAAAAAAAAAAUAAAUCUGUAUAAUCAU